AUGGCCCUCUAUGGCACCUCCGAUGCAUUGAUGUGCCGAGCAUUUCCAACCACUCUAAGGGGGCCGACACGAACAUGGUUCAGCCGGCUACGCCAAUCCUCAAUCUCAUCCUUCGACCAACUUGCCGGGGAGUUUGAGCAAAACUUCCUCGCCAACGCGCGACCUAAGCCUUCCAUGAUCACCCUGCUCGCGCUAUCCCAGCGCAAAGACGAGUCGCUCUCUCAAUUCGUGGCACGUUUUGCCAUCGAGAUCCAGGGGUUUCUAGACGCUCACCCCUCUCUAAUCUUGCAGGCCUUUCUAAUGGGUUUGAAGCCUUCGAGGUUCUUCCGGUCGCUGAUCAAGAAGCCGCCAGCGACCAUCUUCGAAAUGCUCCAAUGCACCAACCAGUACGUCACCGCCGAGGCGCUGGUGGCAGCGAGGCGUGUGGAAGGCAAGAGGCCAAGGGCGGAAUUGUCCCGGGGAACAACCUUAGCAGCCCCGGUGACACCCCGCUGCGAGCUUGGUCGACAAGAGCUACCGCUCCCGAGGCCCUCGCCUCUCCCCCUAAAUACAUCCCGCACUGAGAUCUUUCUCCAAAUCAUGGAGACGGGUCUCUUGCAACAACCUCAUCCUAUGAAGGCUACUUACAAAGAUCGGUCUAAAUAUUACAGGUUCCAUCAGGACUACGAUCAUGACACAGAGGACUGCCAUGACAUCCAGAAUCAAAUAGAGGUGCUAAUCCAAAGAGGUCACCUCGGACGCUACCUCAAAUUCCCAAAGGCGACUCCACACCCCAAGGGACUCGUUGAGAGACAAAUCGACAUCAUCUCUGGGGGACCAGCGGCAGCAGCUCUGCGGCGAGAAAGGCCUACGCCCGUAGCACGGUCGAGAAACGUCCCCGGCUCGAGCUUAAGCCUAAAAUUUCCUUCGGGGCCGGGGAGGCCGAGCGCUCCCACCAUGACGACGCUCUGGUGA